AUGGAUACUGAUGCAGCUUUGAAACUCUUGGUUAGCAGUCCUAUAACUCCUCAAAUGAUUGCUCAUGUCGCUCGAAAAGCUGCUGAAGUAAUACCAUGCGACCCUCCACCAACUAGUCAACAGCAAGCUUCUCAGUUGGCAAAUAUAGUACGAGCUCUUGGUGAUGAUAACCAACCUUUACCCCCUUUGAUAACAUUUAUACACCGAUUAGUAGUAAAAUCGAAUGUUUCAACUGCCACCUUCUUAUCAACAAUCGUUUACUUUGAUCGUCUAAGAAAUAAAUUGCCAAAACUCGCAAGAG